GUCAACCAACGGCUACCGACAUAGUGAUACGUACUGUUUUCAACGUAAAGCCGGGAGUUGAGUAUUUCGGCUAAUUUAAUAGCGUGAUUUAGCCAUAAAUAACCACUGUUAUUGUACGGACUUUAGAAUAUGGUGCCAGACUUCAGCUAAAUGACACGGAUAAUUACGUAAUACCGCUUCUCUUUCCACCCGGAAGUACAGUAUAUUUGACAGUCAUGGAGUUUCUCCCAGUACUUGACCCUCUUGAUAAACCCAAAGAAGGAAUAUGGUAUUCUUUGAUACCCAGAGGAAGCGCUCCAGGUGUUAGUGUGGGUCACACCUGCAGCUUUAUCCCAUCUGGAGAUGGAGGAAAAGGGAGAAUCCUUAUUAUUGGAGGGGCAAACCCCAGCGGCAGUUUCACACAAUCACAUACCAUAAAUCUAGAUAAUCAUGAAUGGGACAUCCCAGAGUGGGAGGGUUUGGACUCACGGUAUGAACACUGCAGCUUUGUGCCAGAGAGCGACCCUCAGAGCCUGUGGGUGUUUGGAGGCGCCCAGCAGAGCGGCAAUCGCAAUUGUAUACAGAAUUUACAGCUAACAGAUAGUGGGUCUCGCUGGAAGAAUGUAACGGCAAAUGGCAAACCCCCCAGUCCCAGAACAUACCACAGCACCUCAGCCUGCCUAGAGGACAGACUGUAUGUCUUCUCUGGUGGAGAAGCAGGAGCUGCACCCGUCUCAGACCCCAAACUUCAUGUUUUUGAUACAGCAUCUUCCACCUGGUCCCAACCAGAGACACAGGGCAGACACCCACCAGCCAGACAUGGCCACAUAAUCGUAGCAGUGGGUUUUAAGAUCUACAUUCAUGGAGGCAUGGCUGGAGACAAAUUCCACAAUGAUAUGUACUCACUUGACACAAGAAGCAUGAAGUGGGAGAAAGUACAAACCAAAGGAGAUGUCCCACCCGGAGUAGCAGCCCACUCAGCUGUGGUGUUGGGCAAGAACAUCUACAUUUUUGGGGGGAUGACUGCAGAUGGAGCCAGCAACUCCAUGUACAGAUUCAACACUGACAAAAGUAGAUGGGUCCUCAUGAAGUUUGAAGGGGAUAUGCCACCUAACCGCCUCGACCACUCCAUGUGUUUAUUGCCAUGGAAGGUGUGUAGUGAGGGGAAUGGAAGUGAAGAGCAUGCCAGCAGCCCAGCAGCCUCAGAGACAAUAAAUCUGGCCUUUGUGUUUGGAGGGAUGGACACCCAGGGUGUCAUUCAUAAUGACUGUGUUGUGACUGUGGUGACAUGAUGUGUAAUUUUCUAAUAAAACUUAUUGUGAAUGUCAA